AUCGCGUGGACGCAACAGACUUAUUAGCAUCAGCGAUUUAAAAUACCGACACCUUGCAACGAUGCUCUUCAAAGCUGUCCUUCGUCCACUAGCUGCACGGCCUGCUGUUGCCUCCCGUGCGCUUGUCGCUCCCCAGCGUCGCAUGGCAAGCACCUCCGUCUUCGCUGCGGACAACUUUAAGAAAUACGUGCCUGAUGUUCGCCUUACCGGAGAGACUACCCUUGGCGAAAUUUACGAGAAGGCCUACGUGCGAUACCGUUACCGACUUUUGUACCCCAUUGCUGCGUGGGUUGGUUUCUUGUACUACUACCUCUGGGUUCCGUAUGCUCCUGAGUCGGAAAAGAAGGCGGUUAGGGAAAGGGAGGAGUACCUCAAGAGCCUUGAAUACCACUCGGUGUAAUUGAGAAGAGAGGUUUUAGUUGCAUUAGCCUCAAAUGACAUACCAAAUGACCAUCGAUGUAGUUUCAUGCAGAAUAGAGCAGAAAAUAUACGGGAGCCGGGGUUUUAAACAUGUGCUUGCGGCCUCAUAAGUAUUCUUGCCCACAUGCUUAUGUGGUUGGAUGAAUGAACGAGUGGCUAGUGGAACGAUGAUUUCUUUCGAUGAACUUUGCGAAUGCUGAGUUGAGGAACCUGAAGGACCUGAAGAAUCACGAUAUAUGUCGUUUGGUGGCCAUUAGCUCAAUCGUCCUAUGAGCUUGACACCGAGCGCAGAGUAUUGAUGGAUGCGAUGGAAGCGUGCACCUGUGGCCAAUGUUUACAUCUUAGACUCGCA